CCAAAACGAGGGAAAAGAGGAAAAAUUAAUAUAAUACUGCACCGAACUGACCUGACCUGCAUUUCUGGUCUAGAACGGAUAAAACCUGACGAAGCUCCAAAGGAAGUCGAAACGGAAAUGAACAAAAAAUGUUAGCAACAGGGGAAAAGCGUGGAGGGCGCCAGAGUAUCGUUGCUGCGGAGCGGUGAUUGAAAGCAUAAGCCAUAGCGGAUAGCAGGAAAAAGUUUUUCACAAAAGUAAGCUAACUUAGACAUGGAAACAAACAAACAAAACAAUUCCAGUCAAGCUAAAGCCGAAGCAAAGCAAAAUGAACCGCGCCGGAGAAGCAAACCAAAACCAAAAACGAACCGAAGUGAGGCGAGUUCAACUGAACUAAAACCUAGGGAAAAGUUUUUGGCCCUUCGCACUCGAUAGGUAAACAAUGCUCCAACGGGGAUGUAAGUUGGCAAGGAGGAAUGCUACUGGAAGGAGUUCGAGGUGCUGAGAAUGGAAUUGAAAAUGAAAGACAACUUGACGGCGACUUCAUUUCAUGAUUAAGUUGCCCAUAUCGAUUUCCUUUCAACAGACUUUAUGAUGAUGAAAAUGGAAGCCCUUCUUCUUCUACUUCUUCGUCUUCGUCUUCUACUUCUUUUUCUUCUUAUUCUUCUUCUUUGGUUAGGCCACCGCAAGGACCUGCGCCUGCGGUUGUCAAAACCCACCGAACUUCUCAUCCUGCUCAACCAAGUGAGGACACAUGUGUGACUGACUCACUCACAUUCAAAACAAUAGAUGACGCCGAUGGAGGCGAAGAACAAGAAAAGGUUGCAAAACACACAUAAAUUUUGAGGCAAAUGUAAUUGUUAGGGACAUCUUGGGACGGGUCUUCUGUAUAGCCGCCAAGUAGUCGUCGGGUAAACACAAAAAAAAAAAGAAUAAGAAACCCACAGAUGGUGAAAGCAGGCACAUGGAAGGAACAGGAUGUAGGUUUUUGUCGAGGGCACACCGUUAUACAUAUGCUCAAUAUGCUGAGCUAAGUGUUUUAGAGCCGAAAAAAAUUAUAAACAAUAAUAUAAGAACCCUAAAACACAGAAGAUUUUUUUUAUUUAUAAACAUGAGUAAUCAUAAGCUUUUAUUCAUAGCCCGAAAAUAAGUAGUGCUCUAAAAAAAAUACGAAAUCUAUAUAAAAGAAAAAAAACUCUCAUUAAAUAUUUUGUUAACCUGGAAGUGUUAAUCAUUUUCGAAGCUGGUAUAAAAAUCAUAUUGACAUUCGUAAUUUCAUUGCAUUUGUAAGCGACAACAAAGUUGAUUUACAACCUUUUUUGGUCACAUAGGCAUUUGUUAAGAGUUCAUAAAAACUAACGCACACUAAAAAAAAUUAAAACGCAUAUUGUUAUUUUGACAUAAUUCCAAAUUCUGGUAUUUUAAAAGAAAAGAAAACCGUUUAAUGGCGGAUCCUAAAGAGCAGCCUAAAUGGGGCACAACACUAUCUAAAUUCUUCAUUGUACCCCAACGAUGGAUUCUGGCCAUAAUGGGAUUCUUCGCCAUCUUCAAUGCCUAUACGAUGCGAGUGUGUCUUUCGCAGGCCAUUACGGUGUUGGUGGUCAAGAAGAAUUACUCAGCGGCACAUGAGAGCGAAGCCAUCUGCGAACCAGAUGACGAAAGUUCACCAACUGCCCGCGAAGGAGGCUCUUACGAAUGGUCUGAAGAGAAACAGGGUCUGAUCCUGGCCUCCUUCUACAUUGGAUACAUUGUUACCCAUGUGCCUGGUGGCAUUUUAGCGGAUAAAUUUGGCGGAAAGUGGACGCUGAGCCUUGGAAUUCUGGCAACUGCGUUUUUCACAGUUGUCACACCGGUGUGCAUCGUUGAAGGCGGCAGCGAUGCAUUGAUCGUGCUCCGUGUCCUGAUGGGACUUGGUGAGGGUACCACCUUUCCGGCCCUAAGUGUUUUGCUGGCCUCCUGGGUUCCGGCCAGCGAGCGCGGAAUGCUGGGCGCCUUGGUUCUCGGCGGCGGUCAGGUUGGCAGUAUCGCUGGUAACCUGCUGUCCGGCAUAAUACUCGACUCGAUGGAUUGGCCUUAUGUGUUCUACUUCUUUGGCAUAUUAGCCAUUGUCUGGUUCAUCAUAUUCACGGUGCUGUGCUUUAGCAGUCCGUAUACCCAUCCCUUCAUAAAACCGUCGGAACGUGAGUUUCUAGCGCAAGAAAUACCGCCGAAGGACAAAAAUCAACCGAAGACUCCGUGGAAGGCCAUCUUCACCAACGUACCGAUGUAUGCCUUAAUAAGUGCACAGAUUGGUCAUGACUGGGGAUUCUACAUCAUGGUCUCAUAUCUGCCCAAGUACAUGGCAGAUGUCCUGCGAUUCUCUAUAAAGUCCAACGGGCUCUAUUCCUCAUUGCCCUAUGUAACCAUGUGGAUUAUGUCGCUUGUGAGUGGUUGUGUGGCCGAUCAGAUGAUCAAGCGAAAUUGGAUGAACACAACGAACACAAGGAAAGUUAUGACAGCAUUGGCCGCCUUUGGACCGGCCGUCUUCAUGGUGGCCGCCUCCUAUGCCGGCUGUGAUCGAGCACUCGUUGUUACCUGCUUCACGAUCUGUAUGGGUUUGAUGGGAACCUACUAUGCUGGAAUGAAGCUCACGCCGCUGGACUUGAGCCCCAACUAUGCCGGCACCUUGAUGGCGAUCACCAACGGAAUUGGUGCUCUCACUGGAGUGAUAUCGCCCUAUCUAGUGGGAGUUAUGACCCCGAAUGCCUCCAUGAUGGAGUGGCGAAUCGUUUUUUGGCUGGCAUUCGCUGUGCUCUGCGCCACUGCCGUUGUGUAUUGCAUUUGGGCCUCGGGUGAAGUGCAGACUUUCAAUGACGGCACCAAUUCUAACAAAAAACCCGAAGCUAAAUAAGUUAAUGAUUUGGACAAGCAAACUUUUUGAGUCUUGCACUUUUUAUUAUAGUGUCUCUUGUGGUGAUGCGAAUUGAGGAAACUGUUUGUUAACCUCAUUUUUCCGAUGCGUCGAUUCAAGAUAAAUGAUUAUUAUGUGCGCAAGAUUUAAAUAUUAAAAUGCUGUAUUCCAUAAAAAAAAUACAAAUACUUAGUUUCA